AAAGUUCUUCAAGUCAUUUAUGAUAAAAUUUUGGAUAUGGAUGGUGGCACUGACACUCUUCCUGUCUGCCAUCAUCGGAAACCGAAUGACAAUGUUUCGUAUCGCGUACAUGGUACUCUUCCUCGUCUUUGUACUAACAUUCCAGUUCUCCUUCAGAGUUUGGCGAAAGAUGAUGUACUCGUUUUGGUUCACAGUUAUUGGCUAUUCGAUGGCCAUUUUAGUGCUCGUUUAUGUGCAUCAGUUUGAACAGUUCCCAAGGUAUUGGGCUAUGAUUGGAAUAUCGAAAGAAUUGCAAGAAGAUAUUGGACUAGAGAUCUUUAAAACUGGUCAACUAUUUCUUCAUCUUUUGAACCCGACUCUUGUCGUUAUCAUUACUGUGAUACAGCUGCAUUACUGUCACGAACGCUUUUUAGUCAUCAGCGAAAUUCCAUCGAUAAGCGAAGAAGAAUCAGAAGUGUCAAGAACUGAGGGCAACACGUCCGCUUAUGGCACGUUUGCCGGAAAUCAAGAAAACCAACCAUCCGACGCCGGAUCUGCAGAAACCAUUGCUAAAGAAGACGAAGAAGCUAAAACACCACCAAUCGCGGCAAUGACCAAAGAGGAAGACAAAGACGACGAUGGUUACGAAAAGUUGGAAGAUUUUCAAUUCCGUAAAUUGUCACGCCAAGAAAUCACCAGCUAUGCACGUAAAGGCUGGAAAAUGGUACUUCAGUUGAUCGAAUUAACGUGGCUGUUUUUCGAGAUCCACAUGCCAAAGAUCAUACUGAUCGUAGCGUUUUCGCUGAGCGUCAACUCGGUAAAUUUGCUGCAUCUGCUAUACGUGGUGCUUUCGGUGUUUACCGUGAAAAGACACACUACAGGCAAGCACUCGAUGAUGCACGGCCAGCUGAUAAAGAUCACACGCAUUAUGUCGCUCUUUUCCUCGCUGAUGCUCAUCCUGACUAUGAUCUAUCAAGUGAAGUACAUCAAGGAAGAGAACUUUCAGAGCGAGUGCCCCAACAUUGAUACAAACAUCACGCAGAUGGAUAUGAACAAUGCGCAGUGGUUCGGUAUGCGGAAAGCGAACGGCGGGCAAACGCUGACUGAUCUGCUUCGCCCAUACCUGGUCUACAUCCUGAUGGUGACGGUACACACCGUGACGAUACUGCGCCAAACGAUCCGAAGAAUACGGUUGGGGCUAUCCCCCAAGACGCCGGAACUCAUGUUUCCGAAUAUUGUACGAGCCGACGCCGACAAGGACAUUCCGCGUAUGAUAAUGUACUUGUUUAAUUACGGAUUUUUCAAGUUUGGCGUCGAAAUCUCGCUCGUCGCACUGAUAGUCACAAUCGGGCAGCGGAUGGAUGUUUUUUCGAUCGUGUACGCGGUUUGGCUAGCAGUAAUUUUCCACAUGACGCGUAGUGCAUUGCAACGAAUCUGGCAGGCAUUGACAUGGUUCAUUGUGGUCUCCAUUCCAUUACAAUACCUGCUGUUUAUUGGUCUUCCCCCGAUGGCGUGUGUAAACUAUCCAUGGAUGAUAGUGCAGCUCGAUCACUUUCGCAUCUGGGCUAUGUUACCAGAAAACACGGUCGAAUUUCGAUCGUUUGCCUCGAAGAUGGUGGCCGACUUUGUGCUGUUAAUGUUCCUUUGCCGGCAAACGGUAGUGUUCCGGUUGGAUUUACUGGCACCGAAGGACUAUGGCGGUGGCAGUAAUGCGUCUGUGCUGGAGGAUUUCCAGAAGCUCGACGAUGGCGUAUUAAAAAAUCCAACACCCGACUUCAUCACCAAGGUUCGCAACUGGCUCGAUGUCUUGAAGCGAAAUCUGUUUCUCGUGUCGUUUUGGUUCACAUUGGCCAUCGUGUUCCUGAGUGGUUCGAAUCGAGUGAACCUCUUUUCGGUGGGCUAUCUGAUCGGAGCGUUUUUCUUCCUCUGGCAAGGAACAGAUUUUUAUCUGCAUUCUAUCGACUACAUACUAAAGAGAUGGAAUAUGCUCAUUUGGUACAAUGUGUUCGUCAUCAUCUCCAAGACACUGCUGCAACUGUUUGGGUGUUUGUUUCUCGAUCAGAUGAUGAACAAUGCUUGCUGGGUUAUGCAACUGUUCGGUGUUACUUGUCUUUCAUCCUCGAUUGCACCUCUUCCACCCAGUGCAACGGAAGCAGUAGAUCAGCUCUGUAGAGCACCCGAUCCCAGCGAUGCUGGACUGUUCUGGGAUGGCAUGUGCUUUACCUUCCUGUUGCUGCAACGACGACUUUUCUCUAGUCACUACUUUUGUCAUAUUAUAAACGAAUCAAAAGCGAGCAAAUAUUUAGCUUCAAGAGGAGCUGAACUGAUUGAGGAACUUCGCACUAAAGAAAGUACGCUGGAGGCGGAACGAGAGCGACAGAUUUUAGAGAAAAUUAAAGCCAAAAUGGAUCGCAUCAAGGCGACGCAGCAGAAGAUUCUGGAGGCAGUCCAAGAUCCCGGCACACAUGCCAUAGAUACUGUCGACCAUAGGUCGAGUUUGAAGCGCAAAAUAUCGGAACACAGACCAACGGCGAUACGAUCUGGAGACUACUAUAUGUUUGAAGAUGUGGAGCAAGAGUUCGAAUUAGAGAUGAUCGAAGAUCCCAUCGAUACUCGGGACAACGAUGAUCUCGAAGACAAAACUGCGAGAGGACGAAGGCUAAGCCGACGGUUAACACUCAGUAGGCUGGCUGCACAGUUGAAGGAAAGGAGAAUGCAGGAGGUCCUUGCGAUAUCGCGUGGUAGCGAAGAUGAUGAUAAUAAGAACGAGACCACCGGAGAAUCAGCGACUAGUGGUGCGCCCUCGGCCAAAGGGACCGAGCAGCCUCUCUUGCAACGACGUCUUUCGUCUCCGGUUGUUUAUCGGAGACGGCGUUCCGUAACUGGCGAGCACAGCGGUGCUGCCAGGCUCGAUGAUAACGCUAUCGCGACGGAGCGUUCUGCGUUAUCCGAACCAAUACCACCACCUCAUAGUCUGUCUCGACCACGCCCGCGGAAACCAACGGAUACGGAUGAGCCGGAUGUACAGCAGGCCGGUCCAAGCAAGGAUCUGCACGCGCAAGCAUCCAUCACGGACGAGGAAGCACGUCUGCUGAGCGACGAUGAGGACGAAGAGCAACGGGACGGUGGUAAGGCUGCACCGGAAGAGGAAAAGAAGGGUAAAUUUUCCCUCUCCGGUCUAGCGCUUAUCCCUGCCUUCGUGGUCGGCGCCAUCGGAUCACUGACGCUCCGGUUGCAUCGUGUUUCACGCAACUAUCGUUACGUGAUGCGUGUUUUAUCGCGCGAAAAGCAGGAACUGAAGGAGACGCCCGGCUUCGGUGUCGGCACGCGCGAUAAGGAUGGCGUUUGGACGCACUACGUGUCAAGAACGAACAGCAGCAAUUCCGAUGCUGGCUCCCAGUCGGGAGACAGUAGCAGUAGUCUAAUAUCGCGGCCCGGUUCACCCACCGCCAGUAGUCAGCCGCAUGUACACAGUAGUAACGCUAACCCUGACCACCCGGACCUACACGGGGCGUCGGUACCACCUUCGCCUGCCAUAUCGUCUAUCACCACACAGCCGCCCAGUGCCACCAGCGGACCAAAACAGACAACGUUCCGCGAGGACCUUACUGUAGAGCUGCCGGAUACAGGAGUGCAUCAUGCUGGAGGAUUUGGUGUAGCAUUAGCGAUGAUCAGUCGUAAAGAUCCGCUAAAGGAUGACAAAACGGACGGAAGUUCAACGGAUGCGAUCAAACGUACGUUGGAUGAGGUUAGCUCUGAAGAGGACUUUACUACUCGGAAGCAUUCGCUUAUUGUGGAGUUGCUACAAGCGGCCUGGUAUGCCAUCAUGUCGCACACCGACUUCAUCUGUUACUUCGUAGUUUUCCUGAACCAGGUCAAUUAUGCCAGCUUGUUAUCGCUGCCACUACCCCUGAUGGUGACACUGUGGGGCACGCUGACGUUCCCAAGACCAUCACAAACCUUCUGGACGAAGCUGAUAGCGUACACGCAAACGGUGGUGCUGAUCAAGUGCAUCUGCCAGUUCGAGAUGCUCUGGUGGAACCAAAAUCCUAUUCCCUCCAAUCAACCCUUCCAUCCGGCGCGUUUGUUCGGUAUCGAACGAAAGGACGGAUACGCCACGUACGAUCUGAUCCUGCUACUGAUGCUGUUCUGCCAUCGGUUCAUUCUGAAAUCACUUGGGCUGUGGAAAUCCGAUCCCACUGAGGAACCAUCGCUCAAGGAAGGCUUGUAUCAGGUCGAUCCGAACGAUGAGCGUUCCAAGGCCCUCAUGGCGUUAGCCGAAGAAAACGAAAAAGUUCAAGAAACCUUUGAAGUGCGUAAGAAGGACGAUCUCACGGGUUUGUCGAUGGUUCGCAUCAACGAAACGGCUGGCCCGAUGCCACCGCCCCUGGAUGAUCCAAACAGUGACUCAACGCAGCUGUGCGUCUCCAUUCAACCGGAACCGGUCAAAAAGUACUUCCCUCAGAUAGUGAAGGAAGCAGUCCUUCAAUAUACAUCCGCUCUUAAGGCUUUCUUCAGCCAACUGCUCGAUCGUCAGUCCCGCAAAACGGCCGACGUGUACGGUUACAUGUUUUUGUGUGAUUUCGUGAACUUUUUCGUGAUAUUGUUUGGAUUUUCGGCAUUUGGGACGCAAGAGGGCGAUGGUGGCGUGUUAUCGUACUUUGAGGAAAAUCGCGUUCCAGUCACUUUCCUGUUGAUGCUCAUCAUUCAGUUCUUCCUGAUUGUGGUCGACCGGGCACUCUAUCUGCGCAAAAACAUCGUGGGAAAGAUUUUAUUCCAGUUUUUCCUCAUCAUUGGGCUGCACGUGUGGAUGUUCUUUGUGCUUCCGGCUACGACCGAACGCAGCUUCAAUGCCACCACACCACCGAUCCUGUACUACAUGAUUAAGUGUUUCUAUCUGCUGUUCUCGGCAUAUCAAAUCCGGUGCGGCUACCCGGCGCGCAUUUUGGGAAAUUUCCUGACGAAGGGCUUUACGAUGGCUAACUUUUCCGGCUUCAAGCUAUUCAUGACCGUACCAUUCCUGUUCGAGUUACGUACGCUGAUGGAUUGGAUUUGGACCGACACCUCGAUGACGCUGUUUGACUGGCUCAAGAUGGAAGACAUCUUCACGAAUGUGUACCAGCUGAAGUGCAUGCGCCAGCUGGAGGAGGAUUUACCGGCACCACGCGGCCAGAAGAAGGGCAUAAUGGUGAAGUAUCUGAUGGGUGGAGGUAUGAUGUUGGGCAUCAUCUUUCUCAUCUGGUUCCCACUGGCCCUGUUCGCGUUCAGUAAUGCAGUCGGUGAGCCAAACAUACCGUAUGAUGUGUCUGUAACGUUGCGCAUCGGACCGUACGAACCAGUAUACAUGAUGAGUGCUCAGGAUAACAAUAUUCACGGCCUAACGGAUGAUAACUGGGGAAAUUUUACGGCACCUUACGCCACGGAGCGAACGGCAUUAACGUUCCUGUCCAACUACGAGCCUGCGGAUGUAGCUGCCGUCAAGCUGGGUGCAAACUCGACUUCAAUAUGGAACAUAUCACCACCCGAUCGAGAACGGUUGUUAAAUGAUUUGAAGUCGAAUGUAACACUCACCUGUCGGUUCCGCUACACGAUCAGUCGACGGUCACAUUCGAAGGAAAACCCGGGCAUCGUAUCGGAGGAACAGGGCUAUGAGAUGGGCCCCGGUUCGGACCGUGAGGCACUGAUCAAGCUGCUAACGGAAGAUACGACUGAUGUGGUGGUGUUACCAAACUUGAUGCCAAAGUUCUUGCGGGUACAAAACAGUGGUACGGUUCGACCGAUUCAUCAGCUAAUCAAAAAUGUCGAUUCUGACACGGAUCUUGGUAAUUAUCGGAAUUUAAAGUUACGGCUGUUCCGGUCUAGUGAUAACAGCGCGAUGAUGUUCCAAUGGUGGGAAACGCGGGAAGACUGCAGUGAUACGCUGUACGAAAAAUACUUGUCCCGGUUGCCGUACGCCGAUUGUGCCAACUAUCUGGUGAUGUAUAUGUUCAACGAUAAGAUUUUCCCCAGCACCAUCAGCUCCAUCGCCGCCGGAGGCAUCAUUGGUAUCUAUUCGACGAUGAUCCUCGUGUUUUCGCGCAUGCUGCGAACCAGCAUCUUCUCCGGUGCCAGUUCGAAGAUAAUGUUCGAAGAUCUACCGUACGUCGAUCGGGUUCUGCAGCUUUGUCUAGACAUCUAUCUGGUACGGGAAUCGUGCGAGUUUACACUGGAGGAGGACCUGUUUGCCAAAUUGCUCUUCCUGUACCGGUCACCAGAGACGAUGAUCAAAUGGUCCCGACCAAAGAACGAGGAAGGUGGUGAUGAUGAAACGGACACGAUGGCUGACGUGCCGACGUCUCAUCCCAAGCAGGAGUAAGUGCCUCCAUCUUCCUCGUCUUUUUGUAAGUCAUUUUGCGGUGCAUUUUGAAGGACCACACCUUUACCUCUUACUUACGACUUAAAGCCACAAUUGGCUAUCCAUGAUGGUUCUGUUAGGUAUAGUUAUGUUUUGCUAUGAUCGUUACCCUUUCUGAAAUUCGUUGUACUUACGAUUGCACCUACUACCAGCAACGGAAUGAAAAGGUCUAAGCAAUAAAGCAAGCUAGUGAGUAAUUUUAAAUUUGUUACAUAGACAAUCCUCAUCCUCACAUAAAGCUUAGGACACACAAGACACACAAACACACGUGGGCAUGGGAAAUGGAGAAAAGAAUCAUUGAUAGUGUGCAUUUGAGGAAGUUUUCUCAUUUUCGCAUCGUGUAUUGUAUAUAAAUCGAGAUGAAGGGACAGUGCUUUGUCGAAACGAUUGAGUCCAAAGUAGAAGUGAUUGCUAUUUAAUUAUUAAUUCCUUCAUCACCACCCCUUUCACUCUUGCACUCAUCGCGCUUCGUGUCAACCGAUCCGGAUUCAACAAAGAAGAGAGGGAAAUCACAAUCGAAAUCCAUUGGUUUUUUUGUAAGUAAAUUACGACAAACGUUUUAUAGUGCGUAAAUCAAUCGAAGUUGGAAAGAGUGCAUUCAGAGGGCUCUUGUGAAUUUAAUGAAGAAAUCGAUAUAAUCGGAAGAGUAGAAGAAAUACACUUGGCAAGAAACAUUCGAAA